CCCGCCCCCGCGAACCAGAAACAGCAGAUAGUCUGACGGAUAGCGCAGAAGAAAGCCAAGCUGGAGCUGCCCUGGGAAGUCAAGAGUCUGCCAGAGUCAACGCAGAACUACGCCAUUUCACUACUGGCUAAGGGAACAACAAACUGAAGCUACAGAAUGGCGGUGGAUAUCUACGACUCGCAGUACCUGCUCAUCCUGGCCCCUUCCCUAGUCAUCGCCCUCAUGUUCCUCUUCUUCUGGCUCUUCAUGAAGGAAACCUCCUACGAUGAGGUGCUGGCCAGGCAGAAACGCGACCUCAAGCUACCACCAUCUAAGCCUGACACCCGUAAGAAGAAUGAAAAAAAGAAGAGCAAGAAGAAGGAGAGUGUCAGCGGAGGUGGAGGGGAGUCAGAAGAGGAGCUUCGGGAUUUUGAUGUGGCUGAUGGUGCCAACAGCUCCACUUUGGAGGUAGAAGAGGAACCUGCACUAGUGGCUACUCCAGAUCCUGCUCCUCCAACAACUAUUCCCUAUGUGCCUGUUUUGGUGUCACCUGAGGCUCCUGCUGGUCUGAGGGAGAGAAAGAAGAAGGAGAAAAAGGCUGCCAAGGCCGCCGCAGCUGCUGCUGCCGCAGCUGCUGCUGCCGCUACUACUCCUUCUUCUGAGGAGCCAGAAGUAAACGGCUCAAAGCCGGUCAACCGCAAGACAGAGCCAUUCCUGGCUGCAGGAAAACAGUUCAGCCCUCCAACUCCCCAGCUUGAGGUUCAGGUACAGGUCCAAGCCGCUCAGGCUCCUGUUCAGGCUCCGACGCCUCCACAGAUUUCUGGAAAGAAAAAGGAGAAGAAGAAACAAAAAGCAGAGCCAGUUACAGUGGAUGACCAGCAGCCAGAGGUUAAGGCUGAGCAGGCUCCAGCUCCAGUCAAGAAGGAAGCUCCCAUUGUGGCGGAAACCAAAGUUCUGGACGGUGCAACCCCAAGUGCUACCAGUGGCAGGAAGAAGAACUCUGCCAAGAGGCAGAAGACUGAGCAUGUAGAUGAAGCCCAUGUGCUGGCUGACUCAGCAGCUUCUGCGAACCACCAGGCAGGCCAUAACGAUGAUGUACAUUCCAAAGGGAGUGGCAAGAAACAGAAGAAUGAGACUGACAAAGAGAACACGGAGGUGAAGCUGAAGGAGCUGCUGUCGGGUCUGUCCAGCCUGGCUCUGUCCGAGGCCGAGGCUGUCAGUGUGAUAGCUCUCCUCGGGGAGAAGAGCCCUAAUGCUUUGGAUGCUUGGCACAAAUCUGCGGCUAGGCCUGACCCAGCUGCACAGGAACGAGAGAGACUUCUUACAACUCUGCAGGAGGAGGCUUCCAUUGCCAAGGACAAAGUGAAACAGCUUAGUCAGGAACUUCAAGUUGAGAAGCAAAAGACAGGCCGGGUGGAGGCCAUGAUGAGAGAGCAACGUGGAGCCAUGGAGAAAGAACUGGGUAGCAUGCAGGGCAAAGCACAAGGCAGCUACCAGGAGCUCCAGACCAUGCAGAUAAAGUUUCAGCAGGUAAGGGAGCAGCUGGAAAGCCAGAUCACUCGACUGCAGCAGGAGAACGGCAUCCUGAGGGACGCAGUCAGCUCUGCCACCAACCAGAUGGAGAGCAAGAAUUCUGCAGAGCUGAACAAGCUGCGUUCUGAGUAUGCCGGCCUGAUGAAAGAGCUGGCGGACAACAACAGCAAGCUGCAGCAGGAGGAGCACCAGAGGAAGUCACUAGAGGUCAACUAUAAGCAGAACGUGUCCCAGCUGGAGGCCCAACUGCAGGAUGCUCAGCGACGUUGGGAGGAAGUGCAGAAGUUCCUCCACAGUGUUAAUGCUGAGAGAGAGAAACUUCAGGCCUCAAAGCAAGAGCUUCACAGCCAGCUGUUGGCAGUGGAGACCGAGAUGAACAACAAGAGCAAGGAGAUCCAGACCCUACACAGCAGCCUGACUGAAGCAAUGGUUUCCAAGGAGCUGCUGGAGCAGAGAGUGAUGGAGCUUAUGGAGAUGUCCCAGCACAGUAUGCCUGAUGACUCAAUGCAAGCCCGGGUUCAGGACCUUAUGAAUGAAAACAAAGGUCUUCAGGUCCAUAGCGAGACCCUGCAAGUCCAGAAUGAGACCCUGCAUGCCCAGAUCUCAUCACAGGUCACCCAUGUCUCUCACAUUGAGGAGCUACAGAAGCUAUUGGCUGAUAAGGAGUUGCAGAGAAAGAGCCUGGAGGAUUCUUUAAAUGCGGAGAGAAGCAGUGGGGCCAGUAGGGAAACUAACAUGCAGGCCUUGCACAAUGAGAACAUGUCACUGAAGGUAGAGAUUCAGAAUCUGCAGGCACAGAUUUCUGAUCAGACUGCCUCCAAACUGGCUUUGGACCAGUUCGAAAAAAGUGUCCGGGAGAAGGAGGACAACAUGAAAACCGUAGAGGACCUUCUGGAGAAGGGCCUGAUUGAGGUGGCCAACAAGGAGGAAGAGCUCAAGGCUAUAAGAAAAGAAAACGAGGCACUAAAACAAGAAAUAGAGACCCUUCAGAGAAAGACAGCAGAACAGGCAUCAUCAGAGUCGAUAGUGGAAGAACUUCACAGCAAGAUCCAAGAGAAAGAUGUGAAGUUAAAAUCAUUGGAGGAGAGUCUACAGACGGCACAAGACAGCAGCUCUACCAGAGAGAAGACCAUUGAGGUUCUGGAGCAGCAGUUGGCUGCCCUGCAGGUAGAGGUAGAGCAGCUGAGACAGAAGGAGACAUCAGAAGAGCUGACCAAAUUUGGUACCCAGAUCCAAGAACUCCAGGCUCAGCUAGCAGCAAAGGACCAUGAGAUCCAGAUGCUGCAGGCUGAGCUGGAGGCAAGGACUAAGGAGCUGAGUGAGAAGGUGGAGCAGAUACACCAACAGCAGUCUCACACAGCAGUGCCAAGCCCAGAGCUUCUUACAGCGUUGUCAGAGAAGGAGAAGCAGGUCUCAGAUCUCCAGGGUGAGCUGGCUGAGCUGAGGGAAUCCCUGGAGCUUCAUAGGAAGAAGAACAACGAGCUUCGGGAGAAAAACUGGAGUGCAAUGGAAGCUCUGUCAGCUACCGAGGCCAUGCUUCAAGGGAAACUCAGCAAAGCUGUCAAGGAGAACCAGACAGCACUGGCAAUGUGUCAGGCUGAGUGUCGAGAUGUUCUGCACAGACUUCUGCCCCAUGUGCCUCUGCCCAAUGAGCAGAACCAUCAGGAGUGGCUCCACAGAUUUGAGGGGGCAGUAGCUGAAAGCUCAGCUGCACAAUCCACCCCUGCAUCAGGGGACCCUAAGGGACUGGCCGAGAAGCUGAAAGAAGCCGAGGAAGCUCAAAGGAUUCUACAGAAAGACUGUGAGACAUACAAGAAGGUGUUGGCAGAGACGGAGGGCAUCCUGCAGCGCCUCCAGAACAGCGUGGAGCAGGAGGAGUCUCGCUGGAGGGUGAAGCUGGAGCUAUCGCAGGGAGAGCUCCGAGAGAUGAGCCUGAAAGUCACAGCUCUGGAGCAAGAUGUUGAGAGACUAACUGAUGGAGCAGAGUUGGAAAAUCUUAGAAGAGGAAAGGAGCACUUGGAGUCUGAGUUGGAGAGGGCGGAGCGUGAGAGUGCCACCUAUGUAACAGAGGUCAGAGAGCUCAAAGAUCUGUUGACUGAAUUGCAGACCAGACUUGAUGGCUCAUAUACAGAGGCUAUCAGACAGAAUGAGGAGCUGAAUUUGCUGAAAACCCAGCUCACGGAGACUCUGUCCAAGCUGGAGACCGAAGAGAACGAGAGGCAAAAGGUGGCUGGUGACCUAUAUACGGCCCAGCAGUCUCUUGAUCUGAUCCAAGGGGAGCUCUCAAAAGUGACUGACAACAGUGAUGACCUGAUAGAGAAUAGCAGUCUGUCGUCACAGAGAGAAGAGAUUGACAGAAAGGAGAAAAUGACUGCAGGACUGAACCAAACAGUCAGAGAACUGCAGCAGCUGCUACAAGGCGUCAGCCGGCAACUCGCCAAGAGAAAGGAAGGGGAGGCUGACAAAGAUCUGCCCAAGGUAUAGUGAGAGGAGAACAGCCCCCGCCCCCUCCCCCAUGCAGCCACCCUGACUGCACUACAGAGACCACCUUUGAACUUCGGUCUCAUCACUACCACCGUCACACCAUACUGUCACACCAAGCCACACCCUUUCCCCAACCCCCGUCGCCUCACCUGUACUGUAGGCAGCCUCCAACUGACUCUGGCCCAGUCUCACUGUUGGCAGCAAGAGAGCAGGCAGAGGUUACUGUUAAUUCCAAACACUCCAGAUACUGUACCAAAUCACACUACACCAAUCCCACCACAUUCCUCUUUAUCAGCAGCAUCGCCAGUUAAUUUUUAUUCUAAACUUAAAAAUGACAUCCAGCAUAAUUUAAACUGCGUGGCAACCAUUCCUCUGUUUAAAACACCUGUAUUUUUCAAUGAAAUCCUUUUUGAAUACUACAGUAGUUUUUGUUGUUUGUCAAGAGAGGACCGUGAUACAAAUUUCCAACUUGGUGACACAAACUUUGGGUUUUUAGACCUUUUUUUCUUAACUUAAUAAAGAUAUGUAUAGUUUAAAUGUACCAGUUAGGACCUGCUGAAAUACACUGUUGUUGAUCUGUUUGCCUCCUGACCAGUAAACUAUCACAAACUGUACAUUCAUGAAUUCAUAGCUCCAUGCAUACCUUGGUUCAGUAUUGGGUGGGAGAAGGGAGAUUUUUAAAGGGGUCUUCAGCAUAUCCAAAGGGCCACUAUGUGACUGUAACUAUGGAGAUGCAUGGACAUAUUGUAGUCAAGUCUGUACUCCAGCUCCAGAGAGAAGGGAGUCUGACCCUGGCUGUGGAAAGAGAAGGCCAGGUCAACAGUGUAAAGGUUUUUAAUCCUGCAACUACUCUAGGAGUAAGCGUCCCAUAUCAUCUAUAAUCAACACUCGCUAUAUUGUUGCUAAGUUCAUUAACACUGAAGAUUUUGUUCUUUUUGUAACAGGCGAUGUUAAUAAAAGGGAUGCUUGAUAAAUCUG